ACACAAAAAUGCUAGACUCGCUGACAUUUCUAUUCGAGAAAUUCUUUCUUUUCUCAAAUUUUAAUCUUUUUAAAAGUAUAUGGCAGGGGACGGAGAAGUGUGCGGUGAGAUGCCCAAUGCUCAGGAGAGGAGAUCUAUUGGAGGUGCAGCGCACUCUCUUCGUUCAUUACGGCAUCUAUCUGGGCGAGAACAGAGUGGCGCACAUGAUGCCUGACAUCAUGCCCAUAUUAACUAACGACAAACAGCUCAUUAAACCAGUUGUCACCAACAAAAGACUCAUUUUAGGCUGCAUUUACAGACACGCGAGUAUACGCGUGGAUUCGGUUGAAGAUUUCGCGUAUGGAGCUCAGAUUCUUGUGAAUGAUAUGGACAUGAAAAUGAAGUGCCAAGCCCUCGCGAGCGAAGACGUCGCGAGAAGAGCAGAGAAACUGGUCGGCGACAUUUCGUACAGUUUGUUAUGGAAUAAUUGUGAACAUUUCGUGACGUAUUGCAGGUACGGGACACCUGUGAGCCAGCAGACAGAGACGUUCUGUGACUGUCUGAAAACCAUCAUUCGGGACCAGAGAAGUGUGGCCUUAACCAUUGGGAUGGGGGUGAUGUACAUCCUUUGCUUUGGCAUGGCACCUUCAACUACAUUACCCACAAUCCUUAUUCCCUUCAUGCUGUGGAUGGCUGGCUGAGAGACAAUUUCUAUACAUCAACAACACAGUUCAGUCUUAAAGGGGACAAAAACACAAAAAUGCAAUGCAUCGUGCAAAAGUGGAGUGUAACGUCUGAUUAUGUUUUCAAGCCAUGUUUCAGCAUAGCCUAUAGUUUGCAAUUUAUAUAACCUACGUUAAAUUGUAAGCUUUUUCAUUAAAUUCAUGAAAACAGGCCAUUAGCUCUAGCUUGCUGCAUAUUUUUUCCUUUUAAAUCAUAAACUUAAAAUUGGUAAAGCCAAUAUUGUUGUAGCUUAAAGUUACAGAUUUCAUGUGUAAUGCUCACUAAAAGUGCCUUUAAAACAUACAUUAUAGUUUUUUAUUGUUAUUUUUAUGCUUGAUUGUGAAUUUGUACAGUUUAAAAUAUAUAUUUAAUACCUUAAGUUCCUAAACAAGAACCAGAAGAAGAACAUUAUAGACAUAUGAAUGUUAGAUGUGUAAAUACAAGUAUCUCUGGUUUUGCUGUAAACAUUUGAUUUAUUACCAUAUUUUCCGCAAAUUAAAGCCAAAAUGUUUGAAUUCCAAGCAAUCUCAACGUGGUUGAACCUGUGGAAUUUGCAUGGGCUCUAUAAUCUGAUUUGUGCAUCUGAUUUAAUAUCAUUGAGUGUUUUUAGGCCAGGUCAAUGUUCUGUGAAAGAUUUUUUUUCUUUUCUUUUUUU